AUUUAUGUCUAUAUGAAAGGGACGUGUCGAAGGUCUUUGCGCUUGCGGGUUUCACACAUGUAUUUUUCGAUGUGACACGUAAUUUUGUGUGCGUUUGAAUUUCGUCGUGAAAUAUAUUUAAUAACAUCCCAGGCCACUAGGCUAUAGCUGUUGGACAUUGUCGUUGUUACAGGAGCCCAGCGCUAGUUGUCAACAAUGCCGCUAUCUUGCAGAUUUUAUAAGGAAAAGUAUCCGGAAGUGGAAGAUGUUGUUAUGGUUAAUGUACGCAGUAUUGCGGAAAUGGGGGCGUACGUCCAUUUAUUGGAGUACAACAACAUUGAAGGAAUGAUAUUACUUUCAGAACUUUCCCGUCGUCGUAUACGAUCAAUCAACAAACUGAUCAGAGUUGGAAAAACGGAACCUGUUGUUGUAAUCAGGGUCGACAAAGAAAAAGGUUACAUUGAUCUGAGCAAGCGACGUGUAUCUCCAGAAGAUGUUGAGAAAUGUACUGAACGUUUCUCUAAGGCAAAAGCUGUGAAUUCAAUUCUUCGGCAUGUCGCAGAGCUGUUGCAGUACGAAACAGAUGAACAACUUGAAGAGCUGUAUCAAAAGACUGCAUGGCACUUUGAGGAUAAACUGAAGAAGAAAGCAUCUGCUUACGACUUCUUCAAACAAGCAGUACUGGAUCCAUCAAUACUGUUAGAAUGCGGUCUAGAUGAAAAAACGAAAGAAGUACUUCUAAACAACAUCAAGAGGAAAUUAACAUCACAGGCAGUGAAGAUUCGAGCAGAUAUUGAGGUUGCCUGUUACGGCUAUGAAGGGAUAGAUGCAGUGAAAGCAGCCCUCCGAGCUGGAUUGGCUUGUUCGACGGAAGAACUGCCAAUAAAAAUCAAUCUUAUUGCACCUCCGCUUUACGUUAUGACAACAUCAACACCUGAAAAGCAGGAUGGUUUAAAAGCAUUAAAUAAUGCAAUCAACAAAAUUGAAGAUACUAUAACAAAUAUGGGAGGAGUAUUUGCAAUUCAGAUGGCUCCUAAAGUAGUUACUGCAACAGAUGAAGCAGAAUUGGCAAGACAGAUGGAGCGUGCUGAGGCAGAAAAUGCAGAAGUGGCAGGAGAUGAUGAUGACGAUGAGGAAGAGGGUCAAGUGUUCAGUGGUGAGGAUGAAGAAGGUGGUGGUGAUCAAGAAGGAUCAGUUGAAGAAAAUGGGAAAGCUGAAGAAGAAUAACAUAUUGAAGCAACAAAAAGAAACAUUUCUGCUCAAUCUGAAGAUUAAUUAUUUAAGUGAAGGGCGUUUUCUCCCUCCACGUUUGAGGAAAAAUCUUUGUUGAAGUAUUUAAGUCAUGUUGUGAUGUCUUUUGUAAUUUAAAUUUGAAUAAAAAUAUGAUUAUGGAUA